CAGUAUAAUUCGAUUUUUAGUAUAAAUAUUUUAAGAACUUUGUAGGUUUUUGACAACAACGACAUGGCUUUCAUCACCCGUCUAUGCUUGCUCUGCCUUUUACUCACCUUUGCUGUCAUGUGUUUCGCUAGGAACAUCCCCAAAGAGAACCAAAAUGGUCUAUACGAAAUAGAGGAUUAUGGAGAAACAGGUCCUAAUCAUAAACAUGAUCCUCAUCCACCUCCAGGUAAUCUAUAUGAAAUAGAGGAUUACGCAGAACCAGGUGCUAAUCCUAAACAUGAUCCUCGCAAGCCUCACCCACCUCCACCAUUGAACCAUCCAAAGAUGCAGAUUCGUAUGGACGACAACAAAUAUUAAUUCACUAAGUUCAAUCACAAGAUUAAUUAUCAACGUGUUAUGGACAUGGUGAGUUUACAUUAAGAUACUAGUAUGAGAAAAAAAAUAAGUCAUGUAUGUAUUGAUAUAAAGAAAAUAAUUCAUAAUGUGCUUUCAUUAUUAUAAUCCAUUAAUGGUUUUUGAGUUA